AUGACCAUACUAAUAGUAUUGGUGAACGUAGCUUUGUCUUUGUUAGGAUUCAUUGUCUGCAGGAGCCUUAUAAAAGAAUACAUUCCUAUAUUCAUCAGUCGAAAGAUGUAUGGAAACGACCAGUGCAAGAAGUCUGACGAUCCUAUACCUGAACCAAUGGGAGUGAUCUGCGCUGCUGUUUAUCUCAUCAUUAUGUUUGUUUUCAUCCCAUUUCCGUUUAUUGAGUGGAUAGGAACCGAGAGUGCCUUUCCUCAUACGAAAUUUCUUGCUUUUCUAUCUGCACUGAUUUCUAUAUGUACAGCCAUCCUGUUAGGAUUCGCUGAUGACGUACUGGACCUGAAAUGGCGCCACAAAUUGGCCUUUCCUACGCUUUCAUCGUUGCCUAUUCUCAUGGUUUACUACGUAUCAGGAGGUUCAACUACUGUGCUAAUUCCCUCCAGAACAAUACGAAUGUUGCUUAUACCUGCUUCUAUCGAUAUAAACAUCUUCUACUACUUGUUUAUGUGCAUGGUAGUUGUAUUCUGUACUAAUGCUAUCAAUAUUCUAUAUCCUGCGCGUGUUUUUGUCGGUGAUACUUUCUGUUAUUGGGCCGGCAUGACACUUGCUGUUGUAUCUAUUCUGGGUCGUUUCAGCAAAACGAUGAUUCUUUUCUUGAUACCGCAGGUAUUCAACUUCCUUUAUUCCAUACCUCAACUGUUCAAAUUGGUGCCAUGUCCAAGGCACCGCCUUCCAAAGUUUGAUAGUGCAACGGAUACUGUAAAUAUGAGUGUUGCUCAGUUCAAGGAAGCGGACGUAAACCUGUUGGGUAGAUUUGUCCUGAAAGUGUUCUCCACAUGUGGAAUGCUGUAUUGCAGAAAGUAUGAGAAAGAUGGUGUGCGGUAUGAGAUCAACAAUCUAACAAUUUUAAAUCUAGUGCUGAAGUUUGCGGGUCCGCUCCACGAGCGAACUCUUACUAACGUUCUGCUUUCGAUUCAAGUGACUUGUUCUAUUUUCGCGUUUUUGGUUAGAUUCUAUUUUGCCUCUUUCAUUUAUGACGUUGUUUACUAA